GUUAAGUAUGUGGGAGAUGAGGAGGAACAAAAGGGGCUACAAAUGAGAGGGCUAAAUUUAAUGGAUAAAGUUUUAGUAGUUAGAGGAGCAAGGAUCACAUUUAGCAUUUGGGAUGUUGGAGGUGAGAGCCGAUUUCGCGACCACGUCCCGAUCGCAUGUAAAGAUGCUGCGGCGAUCCUCAUCAUGUUCGAUCUCACCAGCCGAUGCACGCUGAAUAAUGCUAUUGAUUGGUAUCAGCGCGCAAGAAAAUGGAAUAAGACGGCGUUACCGAUCUUAAUAGGAACCAAAUUCGAUGACUUUGUUCAGCUUCCUCUUGAAAUGCAAUGGAUGAUUAUUAAUCAGGCCAGAGCAUACGCAAGAGUGAUGAAAGCAACUCUCUUCUUUUCGAGCGCCACCCACAACAUAAAUGUCAAUAAGAUUUUCAAGUUCAUCACCGCGAAGCUCUUUAACCUGCCGUGGACCAUAGAGAGAAACUUGACGAUCGGAGAACCGACUAUAGAUUUUUAGGCUCUCAUUUCGUUUUCUUUCGCUUUUUUUUUUUUUUUCUGCCAAUUCUAUGGCUAUUUGCUCUUGCAGGUGCAAGAUUGUUGUACAUAGCAAAUGUUGUCCAUGCAACCACCCCUUUUCCUCCUCUUUUACUUUUCAUUCACUUUUUUUUUUUCCUUUUCCUUUAAUGUUCAAGGAUAAGGCCUAUAUAAAAAUGGAUCUUUUGUGAUCUUCAAAUGGAUCUUUUAUGAUCCACCUGUUUUCCUUUGUAUCCAA